CCGAUUUAACGCAGAGUACAUAUAAUACGAAACAAAACAUAGAUCAGUUUAAAUCAAAAAAGGGGUGUUGGGUGCCGAUUAUUUUACUAUUAAAACGAAAAAUAUUCAUUAUAUUUACGUUUGAAAUUUGACUUAAAAUAACAACAAUUUCAUCAUAACGCGUAACGUUGAAUUGAAUUGUUGACCGGUCACCGGUGUGUUCAAGUUUUUCAAGUUGUCGAAGUUAAAAUAAAAAUCCGGGAGAAAAAUAAAUAUCUGAACAAUGGCUAAACAAUUCACGUUUUGUGGAUAUGAUCAACAGAUGCCAUGCGAUCUACGAAAGUUUCAAAAUUGUCCCGACGAUCGUAUCGCAAUUAUAAAAUAUUACUACACUAUUAUUGCAUCGAAAAAGAUUCGUGGAAAUUCGAAUUACGCUCUUAAUUUAAGCAUUCAUGAUACAAAAUGUGACUUUGAUGAGCCAGUUGUGGUCCGCGUAUCAAUCGAAGAUGGAAAUGAUAGAAAUGGCUAUAAAAUUCAUCGUGAUGUUACAAUCAAAGCAAAAACAACCGAAAUUGUUUCGAUUCCAAUUGGUGAUCUGUCACCCGAAGCAGACUAUAAACUCGUUGUGAUAGGUAUUACUGGUGUUACUAUGCGACACGAAGUAGAGCUGGAUCUUCAAACUGAAACACAUACAAUUCUCAUUCAAACGGACAAAGCCAUUUACAAACCAAAUGACUGCAUCAAAUUCCGAGUAUUGGUUCUAAAUUCAGAGCUAAAGGCAGCCACAAUCGAUCAAAAUGAACUGAUUAUUUCAUUCGAUGAUCCCUGCCGCAAUAUUAUGAAAAAAUGGAAUGGCGUGAACACAAUGCAUGGUGUAUUUUCGGGCGAAUUUCAACUGUCAGACGUACCAAAUUUCGGUGAAUGGAAAAUUACAGCUGCCGUUGGCGAUCAGAUAAAAAUAGCCGUAAUUGAAGUGGCCGAAUAUGUUUUGCCCAAAUUUGAGGCAAUUAUUGAUUCGUCUGAUAAUUUUACAGUUGAAGAUGAGAAGGUUCGUGCAGUGAUCCGGACUAAAUAUACUCAUGGCAAACCGUUAAGAGGAUUGGCUACAGUCAUAAUCACCGAAGAUGAUCCGAACAGAGCUUUUGGCUUUUUCGAAUUACAAUCGAAAAAGAAGAAAUCGAAUGAUGAUGAUAAUUAUUUGAUGAAAAAAUCUUUCAAUAUCGAUGGCAAAGAAACAAUUGAGGUUGACAUUAAAAAAGAAUUGAAAUUUGACAUAAAGUGGUCUGAUGUGAAAAAUUACAAAAUCAAAGUUGAAGUGACUGAAGGCCUAACGGGACUGACACAAACAGCCGAUAAAACGAUCAAAGUCCACAGGGAUACCUAUAAAAUCACCAGGAAUCUUAAAAAUCGACCACAACGCGAUGCUCCCUGCGACAUUAAGAUUUCUGUGCGAAAAAAUAAUGGCACGACGCUCACGUUCCUCGAUCCAAAGAAAAAAAAGAUCAAAGUGUUCAUAGAACAUAUUCAAAUUCAUGAAUUUCCCCUGAAUACGUUGUGGAACAAAAAUAUAAUAGAAAGCAUUUAUGAAUUGGAUGAGAGCGGUGAUGCUAAUUUUACGGUGGAUGUUGGUAAGAAUGAUAUUGAAUUUUCAUUGAAGGUGAAAUAUUGCGGUCAAGAAACAAAUAUGGGAAUGUUCCAUGUUGAUACAUCAGUCACGGUAGCUCCACGCAUUACUUUGCAAGCGAAAGUCUUAACGCCAAACUGCUCCAUCAAUAAAUCAAUCGAAAUCGAGGUCAUCUCACACUAUCCCCUUCCAUCAUAUACUUAUCUGAUCGUUUGUCAUGGGAAAAUCCUCGAAACGAAUACCUUCGUAUCUUUCUUGGCUGACCCAGUUGACACUGAAUAUAGACAUCGAUUCACAAUCAUGCCCACUUUUGAUUAUGCACCACAGGCUCAAAUUAUCGUUUACUGUGUGAGAGAUCGCGAAAUUGUCACGAGCACUGUAACACUUGACCUGCACGACGAUUUAAAAAAUUACAUUGAAUUAGAUGUUGCAAAUACGGCUAAGCCUGGCGAAAUCGUUGAUAUUAAUGUAAAAAGUAAUCCACAUUCAUAUAUCGGUUUGCUUGGCAUCGAUAAGAGUGUAAUGAUUUUACGUGGUGGAAAUGAUUUGACACAUGAUGAAAUCUGGAAGGAAUUGAAAAUAUCUCGUUCAAAGGUUAAACGACGAAGAUACAAUUCAACAAGACAUUGGCCUCAUUCCGGUGCAUUGCAAGAUUUUGAAAGAGCAAAUCUAAUCACGCUUACAAAUACGAUUGAACCGACCCAAAACAUAUAUGAAUAUAUGCCAAUGAGUGCUACAGUAAGUGCCGGAGCGGAAUGUUACGGAAAUUUUAUAGAAAAGAGUCACAUGAAACCAAUUAUUCGCAAUGAUUUUCCAGAAACGUGGGUUUGGGAUUCGAUUACGGACAAGAGUUUCAAUGGGUCGCUAAAUCUCAAGCGAAAAGUUCCUGAUUCUUUAACAACGUGGGUGUUAAGCGGUUUUUCAAUCUGUCCAAUCAAUGGUUUGGCAUUAACGAAAAAACCAUCGGAACUAUGUGUUCAACAGCCCUUCCAUGUUUCGCUUAAUUUACCAUUUUCAGUGAAGCGUGGUGAAGUUCUAACGGUUCCGUGCUCAAUUUUCAAUUAUUUACCAAAUCAAAUUGAAACCGAAAUCAUUUUCGAAAAUGAGCACAAUGAAUUUGAGUUUGUGGAUGCAAGUGUCGAUGAUAAAAUCUAUCCAGAAAUUAGAAAACAAACAUCUCGCAAAAAGAAACUGAUCAUUCUUUCUGAUGAUGCGAUGAACGCAUUCUUCACCAUUCGUCCGACCAAAGUUGGUGUGAUUUCGUUGAAAGUGUCAGCCAUAUCUGAAACAGCAAGUGAUUGCCUGAUCAAGACACUGAAUGUUGAGUGUGAGGGUGUGCCACAAUUCGUGAAUAAGGCCGUAUUUGUGGAUUUACGUGAAAAAUCUCAAAUCGAACCAAUCGAUGUGGCAAUCGAAAUUCCAAAAAUUGCACUGCCCGAUUCAACGCGCAUUGAAAUCACUUGUGUGGGCGAUUUACUUGGUGGCACCAUCAAGAACUUACAAUCACUGAUACGCAUGCCGUUUGGCUGUGGCGAACAAAAUAUGUUAGUUUUGGUGCCGAACAUUGUUGUUUUGAAUUAUCUAAAAAACACGCUCCAACUAAACGCCGAGAUCGAAGCAAAAGCAAAGAAAUAUAUGGAAAUUGGAUAUCAACGAGAAUUGAGCUACAAACACAAAGACGGUUCAUUCAGCGCCUUUGGAGAUUCGGAUGAAAGUGGCAGCACGUGGCUCACAGCGUUUGUAGCCAGAUCUUUCCGACAAGCAGCUGAACACAUUACCAUUCAAGAUGAUAUUAUUGACGAGGCGCUGAAAUGGUUGAGUGAAGCACAAUCUGAAGACGGUAGCUUUGCAGAGAAAGGAAGCAUUUGCCAUAAGGAAAUGCAGGCUGGAUCUUCCAAUGGUGUUGCACUAACAGCCUAUGUUUUGACAGCAUUUUUGGUGAACAAGAGUUCAAACAAUAAUUUUGAGAAAACAAUCGAAAAAGCAAUCGACAAUAUAAUCAAGUCGAUUAAGAACUGUUCAGAUGUAUACGCAUUGGCUGUAUCGGCGUAUGCUUUGGAAUUGGCUGGUCAUGAUUCCAAGAAGGAUGUGUUGGUAGCUCUGAAGCAACUGGUUAAAUCCAACGAGAACUAUAAAUGGUGGGAUAAAUCGAUUGAAAUCAAAGAUUGGUAUCGCGAUUCAAAAACACUAAGCGUUGAAAUAACUUCAUAUGCACUACUGACAUUGAUGUUGAAUGAUGAAGACGAAUGCCUUCCGAUUUUGAAAUGGUUAUUGACUCAACGUAAUGACAUAGGUGGAUUCGAAGGAACGCAAGACACAAUUGUAGGCAUCGAAGCAUUGGCCAAAUUCGCUUCAAAAAUUGCUACCAAAGACACAGAUAUGAAAAUUACUAUUGAAGCACCAAAUACCAUCAAUUUCAAUGUCAACAAAGACAAUGCAUUGACCCUUCAGUCCCAAAAGUUGGCUCCAGACGCCGAUUCGGUGCGCAUAAAGGCGAGUGGCAAAGGAUUUGCAUUAUUGGAAGUUGGAUAUCGUUAUAACAUCAAUACACCGGAAACCGUAACCGCAUUUUCGCUGAAACCAAGUGUUAAACUGCUGGGUGAUGAUCACAUCACUCUUGAAAUCAACACCAGUUAUAAUCCGCCCAAAGGCAAGGAUUCAUCGAAGCAUUCGAAUAUGGUAAUAGUAGAGGCAGAAUUACCAAGCGGUUUCGUUGUCAAUGCAGAAGUGCUAAAUAGACUUAAGUCAACUCUACCGAUUCUCAAGCGCAUCGAAACGAAAAACGCUGACACUGUGGCCGUUUUCUAUUUUGAUCAUCUCUCCUCCGAACCAGUUACAUUUAAAAUUGAUGGCUUCCGAGAGCAUAUUGUUGAGAACCAAAAACCAGCUUCCAUUUUGGUUUACGAUUAUUAUGAUGAUGCUUUGAGUACGCGUGAAUUUUACUCUUUGCCGGUUAAGAUGGAGGUUGAUGCCUAAAAGUGUGUGAAUCACAUGAAAUUUACCUCAAUUUAUCUCAAAAACCGCACAAAUACUAAUUAAUCAUAAUAAAACUACAAUAGUAGACCAAUUUAGGAAUUCUUUUUUAGAAAGAAUUAAUUUUUUGUGUGACAAUAAUGUCUUACAGCUCAUGCUUUUUACAAAUGUUAAACAUUAAAAAUUAAAAAAAAAUAAUGUCUUUAUAGAAUAUAUAAUAUAAUAUAUUGUUAUACGUUUUGUGAUUUUAUUUGUUUAAAUUGUCACUUUCAAUAAAAGAACCACCAAACCAAAA